AUGUUCGUUCGGAUUUUAUGUUCAUGCCUCUCAUAUUGUCACGUACGGAAGCUGUUGGCGCAAGCUUGUCAAACUGAUUGCAGUCCAAAUGGUGCAUCAUCCAUCCAAUUUUCGACGCUUCAACGCAUCCAUACGGGCGAAAAACCAUUUAAUUGUGAUCACUGUGGUCGUGCAUUUCGCCAGCCCGGUAACCUUACUCGACACCGGCUAACUCAUACCACGGUUAAGCCAUAUGUAUGCAUUCACUGUGAGAAAGCAUUCAAUCGGGCGUCGAAUCUUCACACUCAUAUGCGAACGCACUCUGGGAAAUGA